AAUUAUUUUGUUGAAAUGAAAGUUAGGCCCAAAAAACCGGCUAAUUGACGGUCCCGCAAAUCAAAUCUAACGGUGUAGAUUCACAGAUCACGAAAAUGCAUGUAUAACACUUCACCGUUAGAUCAGCCUGAACUCCCAAUUACCGACACCAAUCGACAUUCCACAGUCGACACGUGUCAUGAUCACACAUGCAUACAGAAUAAGAUCGUAUCAGCAUAACAACGUAGCUACUUUUACACACACAGAAACACGCUAUAGUGUGUGCAUUUCUGUUUACACACAAUACACACACUCGCAACUAUAUUUAUUGAUGCGGCAUACGUGAAAAUCUGAUCGGCACUGCAUUUCGAGAAACUCUCUGCACUCCUUCAAUUUUUACUAAUUUAUUUUUUUUCCUGAACGAAAGAGAAGAAAAAAAAUAUUGUUGUAGAGAAAAAUGGAGAUUUUCUACUAUUUCGUGUUUGGGGCGUUGGCCGCGGUGGUGGCGACGGUGGAGCUGAGCAAAAGUAACAAAGAUCGGAUUAAUACUUCGUCGUCUUUCAAUUCCUUCAAGAACAAUUACCUUCUCGUAUAUUCUCUCAUGAUGGCUGGUGAUUGGUUGCAGGGUCCAUACGUUUACUACCUUUACAGUACCUAUGGCUUCGGAAAAGGUGAAAUCGGACAGCUCUUUAUUGCGGGAUUUGGGUCUUCCAUGUUUGGAACCAUUGUUGGAUCUCUAGCAGAUAAACAGGGCCGGAAGAGAGCAUGUGUCACUUAUUGCAUCACGUAUAUACUGAGCUGCAUUACCAAGCACUCUCCUCAAUACAGAGUUCUGAUGGUUGGACGUGUUUUGGGUGGUAUUGCCACAUCUCUCUUGUUUUCUGCUUUCGAGUCGUGGCUUGUGGCAGAACACUUCAAGAGGGGCUUCGAUCAACAAUGGCUCUCAUUAACUUUCUCCAAGGCAAUAUUCCUAGGCAACGGUCUUGUUGCCAUUGUAGCUGGGUUAUUUGGAAAUUUUCUGGUCGAUUCAUUGAAUUUAGGGCCUGUAUCUCCAUUUGAUGCUGCUGGCAUCUUUCUUGCUAUUGGAAUGGCUGUAAUAUUGUCAUCAUGGACCGAGAACUAUGGGGACCCUUCUGAGAGCAAAGACUUGCUUACUCAAUUCAAGGGCGCAGCCGUAGCAAUUGCUUCAGAUGAGAAGAUUGCACUGCUUGGUGCAAUACAGUCUCUGUUUGAAGGUUCUAUGUACACCUUCGUGUUCCUCUGGACACCUGCUCUCAGUCCAAACGAUGAAGAUAUACCCCAUGGUUUUAUUUUUGCAACUUUCAUGUUGGCUUCCAUGUUGGGAAGCUCGAUUGCAGCUCGCUUGUUGGCACGUAGCUCAGUUAAAGUGGAGAGCUACAUGCAGAUUGUAUUUGUUGUUUCUUCUGCCUCUCUUUUGCUUCCCAUAUUGACAAAUUUCUUGAUACCUCCUUCAGGGGUCAAAGGUGGCAGCAUCUCAUUUGCAGGCUGUCUUCAACUUCUUGGCUUUUGCACUUUUGAAGCUUGUGUUGGUCUUUUCUGGCCGUCCAUUAUGAAGAUGAGAUCCCAGUACAUUCCUGAGGAGGCACGAAGCACCAUCAUGAACUUUUUCCGCAUCCCUCUAAACAUUUUUGUCUGCAUUGUGCUAUACAAUGUUAAUGCAUUCCCCAUCACAGUUAUGUUUGGCAUGUGCUCCAUCUUCCUCUUUCUAGCUUCCAUUCUGCAGAGACGUCUCUCGGCACUUGGAGAAAAGCCAAAGACAGAAGAUUGGGCUAUGAUGAAAGAUAGAAAUGCGGAGGAUGAGCCAUUAAAUGUUACUUAAUCGAUUGGUUUCAACUAGAUCAUCCAGUUACUGCUAUGAUCUGCAGAUAGGAGUUUGCGUAGUUGAGCAUAAAUUUCAAUUUAUUGCAAUGUUAACAAAUUAGCAGCCAUACAUGCAAAGAAGUGCCACCAGACACAUGGAAAAAUCUACUAGUUGGAUUCUUUCUCAUGUGGGUAAUGUGCAAUUUUAAAACAUAGUACCAUCUAUUGCUUUUGUCUCGUGCUGUAAUAAUCACCGUUCUUUUCGUGAUUCUGAUAUCUACAUUAUUUUUUUCUCCUAAUUGAGGUUUUAAGUUCC